CCCGCCGAGCUGAUCCCAGCGACCACCGCCCGCUACCUGCCCAACCUCGAGUGCAAGUCGCUCACUGGCAGCACCGUUGAUAUUGCCGAGCUCUGCCGCGGCAAAACCACGCUGCUGACCAUGGAGUUUGUAAAGUUCGCCGAGAAGCACACGUUGAGUUACAUCAAUGUGUUCGAGAAGGCCUUUGAGGGCCGUGGCAAAGUGCAGGUUGUGCAGGUUAAUAUCGAGGAGAAUUGGGCAAAGGCUGCGGUGCUCCGCAUGUGCCUCCCGUAUGUGCGCCGCAAUGUGCCCAAGCACCGCCACGACACGUAUGUCUUGCACUAUGGCGGCGUCGAGGCUCUGCGGAACACGCUGGGCAUUGCUAAUCCGCUGAUCGGGUACGCCUUCUUGGUCGACUCAAAGACGCGCGUGAGGUGGUACGCCAACGGAGAGGCGGUCCAGUCCGAGGGCGCGACCAUGCUCACGCUGGCCGACACGCUCAUUCGCAAGGCAAAGUAA